CACACCCGUCGCCCUCCUCUGCACCGCACUUAAAUAUUGCGCCAUCCCUCAUCAGUCCCUGCUCCUCCCAACCUCUUUUUUUUAAAAUCUCUUUCUCUCUUUGUCUUCCUUUCACAUUCACUGCACCAACAAACUGAGACCCAAAAAAGGAGUCUCUCGUUUUAUUUUUUAUUUUUUUUAUACUCCCAGAAUGCCGCUUAACUUGGCGGUGGCACUGUUUUGUGCCACAGCUUCUCUUUUCGCCAUUGCCGGUGCUGACGAUCCCUACAGGUUCUUCAACUGGAAUGUUACUUACGGUGACAUCUACCCUCUCGGCGUCCGUCAAACGGGUAUUCUCAUCAAUGGGCAAUUCCCAGGCCCUGAUAUCCACUCUGUUACCAAUGACAAUCUCAUUAUCAACGUGUUUAACAGCUUAGACGAGCCUUUUCUCCUUUCCUGGAACGGGAUCCAGCAGAGGAGGAAUUCUUAUGAAGAUGGUGUAUACGGAACAACAUGCCCUAUUCCACCAGGGAAGAACUUCACAUACAUUCUUCAGGUCAAGGAUCAGAUAGGGAGCUUCUAUUACUUCCCCUCUCUUGCAUUCCACAAGGCUGCUGGUGGUUUCGGAGGGAUCAGGAUCCUCAGCCGACCACGGAUUCCGGUCCCCUUCCCGGAUCCUGCUGGGGAUUACACUGUUCUUAUUGGAGAUUGGUACAAGUCCAACCACACGGAUUUGAGGGCUCAUCUAGAUCUUGGUAAGAAGCUACCUUUCCCUGAUGGAAUCCUUAUCAAUGGUCGUGGACCUGGCGGUGCCUCCUUCAAUGUUGAACAAGGAAAAACCUACAGACUUAGGAUAUCAAAUGUUGGAUUGCAAAAUUCUCUCAAUUUCCGCAUCCAAAACCACAAGUUGAAGUUGGUAGAAGUAGAGGGAACACACACUCUGCAAACUACCUACUCAUCGAUAGACAUUCACGUUGGCCAAUCAUCCUCUGUUUUAUUUACAGCUGAUCAGCCUGCACAAGACUAUUACAUUGUAGUCUCCACUCGCUUCACCAACCCGGUCCUCACCACUACAGCAACUCUUCGCUAUAGCAAUUCCGCUGGCCCUGUCUCUGGUCCUCCUCCUGGUGGACCCACCAUCCAAAUUGACUGGUCUUUGAACCAGGCCCGCUCUAUCAGGACUAACCUUACAGCAAGUGGACCAAGGCCUAACCCACAGGGGUCAUACCACUACGGUCUCAUUAACACAACCAGAACCAUCAGGCUUGCAAAUUCUGCCGGGCAAGUCAAUGGCAAGCAAAGAUAUGCAGUUAACAGUGUUUCCUUUGUUCCUGCGGACACUCCUCUGAAACUUGCCGACUAUUUCAAGAUCGGAGGAGUUUUUCGCGUUGGAAGCAUAUCCGAUAAUCCUUAUGGCGGAGGGAUAUACCUUGAUACUUCAGUUAUGAAUGCAGACUACAGGGCUUUCAUUGAGAUUGUAUUCCAGAACGAUGAGGACAUUGUACAGAGCUGGCAUCUUGAUGGAUACUCUUUCUUUGUCGUCGGUAUGGACGGAGGGCAAUGGACAGCAGCUAGUAGGAAUCAAUACAACCUCCGUGAUGCAAUUUCACGUUGCACCACUCAGGUGUAUCCAAAGUCAUGGACCGCCAUUUAUGUGGCCCUUGAUAAUGUAGGAAUGUGGAACUUGAGGUCUGAGUUUUGGGCAAGACAGUACCUCGGACAACAGUUUUAUCUGCGUGUAUACACAGACUCAACUUCACUCAGGGAUGAAUACCCGAUCCCUAAGAAUGCACUUCUCUGCGGUAGGGCAAGCGGCCGAAGCACCCGACCCCUGUGAGCCAGGAUAGAAUCAAGGAUCCAAGAGUUGGGUAGAGAAAACCUGUCCAGCUUAGGUGGAUAAAGAUUGAAUACUAGAGUUUUGCCUUCUGAUCUUGUUGUUUAGCGCAUCAAUGGUGCUAUUGCGAAGUGCCUAGUAUUUAUGAGUUAGAACUCUAAGUUACUAGACCUCAGCUCGAGGUCGCAUUCUUUCUUACUAUAGAUUUGUAUUCCCAUUUGUAUUGUCCAAGUUUUCAUACCAUUAAUCCUUAUUAUUAUUAUUACAUAUUUAGUCAUCAUUGUUAUGUUUGUUAA